AUGUCUGAUGAAAAAGAGUCUGCGGAGCCAGACGUGUGCCCCGGAGAGGAGGAAUGUCCUGCGGAAGAAGAUCCCUUUGGGUUUGGAGAUGACCUGGAGUUAAAUCAAUUCGACGGGUUGCCAUUUUCCUCCCGUUAUUACAAACUGCUGAAAGAGAGGAAGACUCUGUCCGUGUGGAAGGUCCGCGGCGAGGUGGAAGAUGCUCUGGUGAACAACCAACUGGUUAUCGUGUCCGGGACAGCGAAGACUGGGAGGAGCACACAGAUCCCUCAGUGGUGUGCAGAGUUCUGUCUCUCUGCCCAGUACCAGCACGGCAUGGUGGUGUGCACGCAGACCAACAGACAGUGCGCUGUGGAUCUGGCCUUGCGCGUGGCCGAUGAAAUGGACGUCAACAUAGGCCACGAGGUGGGCUACACCAUCCCUCUGGAGAACUGCUGCUCCUCCGACACUGUUCUGAGGUACUGCACCGACCAUAUGCUGCUGAGAGAGAUGAUGUCGGACCCUUUCCUGGAGCACUACGGGGUGAUUAUCAUCGACCAGGCCCACGAGAGGACAGUCAGCACGGACAUACUACUUGGUCUCCUCAAGGACAUCCUGCUGCAGAGGCCCAAGCUCAGAGUGGUGGUCCUCGCCGUCCCACCCGUGACCGACAAGCUGAUGAGCCACUACGACGGCGUCCCGCUCAUCAGUCUGGAGGCCUCGUCUCCCGCCGAGGUGGUCCACAGCAACGGCGGCGACAAAGACUACUUCUUCUCAGCGCUGAGGCUGGCGCUGGAGAUCCAUCGCACCAAAGAGGAUGGAGAUGUCGUUGUGUUUUUUGCCUCAUCCGAUGAGGUCCAUUGUGCCCACAGCAUCCUCCAGAGAGAAGGCACCAGGCUGGGAGCAGAGCUGGGCCAGAUGGUUCCUGUGGUGCUGUGCCCCCGUCAGGGAGGGCUACCGCCUGAGCAACCGGGCUCCAAGAGGUCCAGGAGGGUUUUCCUCUCUACCAAACAGGGGGAGGAUAUGUGCUGGGACUCAGAGUCUGUCAACUUUGUCAUCGACACCGGAGUUCAGAAGAAGAUGGUGUACAAUCCAAGAAUAAGAGCUAAUUCGGAGGUUCUUCAACCCAUCAGUCAAUAUCAGGCAGACAUACGCAGGCGGCUGUCUGGACCAACAGGUAAAUGUUUCUGCCUGUAUCAAAAAGAUGUCCAGCUCCCCGCUGAGAACUCCCCACAGAUCUUGGAGUCCAACAUCACUCCAACGGUCCUCUUCCUGAAAAGGAUGGAGAUAGCCGGCCUUGGACAGUGUGAUUUCAUGGACAGACCAGAUCCGGAGGGUCUCAUGCAGGCGUUGGAGGAGCUUGAUUACCUCGCAGCUUUAGAUGAUGAUGGCAACUUGUCUGAGAUUGGCAUCAUAAUGUCUGAGAUCCCUCUGGACCCUCAGAUGGCCAAAGCGCUGCUGGCAUCCUGCGAGUUUGACUGCGCGAGCGAGAUGCUGACGAUCGCGGCGAUGCUUUCAGCGCCAAGCUGCUUCCUGGAGCCACCUGCUGGCAUGACCCACGAGGCAGUGCAGUGUCACAGGAAGUUCCAGCACCCAGAAGGAGAUCACUUCACCCUCAUCAACAUCUACAAUGCCUUUAAACAAAGCCAGAGAGAACAAUACUUCACUGCUGAAAAGUGGUGCCAGGACUAUUUCCUUGAUCACUCCGCCCUGAAGAAAGCCGAGGCCAUCCGAUCAGAGCUGACCGACACCCUGAACCGGAUCGAGCUCCCCAUCUCCGAGCCCUUCUUUGGAACCAAGACCAACACCCACAACAUCAAAAGAGCUCUGCUGGCCGGUUUCUUCAUGCAGAUCGCUCGAGAUGUGGACGGGUCAGGAAACUACUUCAUUCUGACGCACAAGCACGUGGCCACGGUGCAUCCCCUGUCCAGCUACGGGGCUCAGUCACACAAGCUGGGGCUGCCCGAGUGGGUCGUUUUCCACGAGUACACCUUGUCGGAGAACAACUGCAUGAAAACCGUCUCGGAAAUUUCCCCUCAAGUGUACAUUCAAAUGGCGCCCCUGUACUUCUUCUACAAUCUGCCCCCGAGUGAAAGCAAAGACAUACUGCAAGACAUGCUGGACCCAGACAGCAAAUGUGAAGACGGGACACAGGAAGCCGCCACAAUCUGCGGCGAUGCCAACAGCAGCUGUGCAGUGGUGCCGCAGACUUAUGACAGAUGUGUGAUUCAAUGA